GCUUUACUUUCUCCGUCCAGAGCGCUCCAGAGACAGUAAUAACCCUCCAGUAAGAGGUUUACCAGCCUGAAGCUCAGCUCCGUGUCCCCGGACACUGCGACUAAACUAUACUUUUUACACCCAGCGAAGACAAAUUAAAAACGGAGUUCAUUCUGGAGAUCCCUUCGGUGUUUUUGAUGUCGCAUUCCUGAAGUUUCUGCAGAGCGUCGAGGCGGCCAGAGAUCAUACUCUUCAUCCCCCUUCGCCCUCGUUGCCUGAGCGGGACUCAGCGUCUGCUUGGAUAUGGCUUUUCUGCGUAUGAGAGGAAGACAGAGGGAGCUGAUCUGAGGUCAAGGCCUUUUCCUCCUCUCCUCCCGAGUCACAUGUCUGGGGUUGCUGUCGCUACACCGGCCGACCUACAUACUUAAAACUCAGCAGGAGAAGAAGAAGCAGCACAGACCGGAUCGGAGCUUCUUAUCAAGUGGAGCUGUUGACAUUUCCAUCCCCGUGGGAAACUGACGGUGUGGCUGUCGAGUUUUUGUUAAGAAGCAAAAUGCCGGCAAAGACGCCGAUGUACCUAAAGACAACAACUCCCAAGAAGGGCAAGAAGCUGAGGCUGAGGGACGUCCUGUCGGGGGACAUGAUCAGCCCCCCGCUGGGCGACGUCCGUCACAGCGCGCACGUCGGCCCCGAGGGGGAGGGCGACAUGUUCGGAGACGUGGGCUUCCUCCAGGGCAAGAUGGACAUGCUGCCGUCUCAGAGCCGAGCCCAGAACGGACACUCGCGCUCGUACAGCGUGGAGAGACACGGCGGCGGCGACGACGGCGGCGGCGGCGGCGGCUUCGCCGGCAAGCAGGACUCGCACAGCUACGCCUACAACGGCUACCACUACCAGCACUCCUCCUCCGGCCUCCUCAAGACCACCAUCUCCAUGCCCGUGUUCAUCGCCCACGAGCAGGCUCCGCCCAAACCCCCACGCCUCCACCUGGACGACCCCCCUCCUCAGCAAAACCACCUCCACCACCACCAUCAGCCGCCUCCUCCGGAGUCCAACCACAAACAGGCCAACGGCUGCCGGCCCUCGGACAGCCCUCACCCGACGCUGUCCCUGUGCGAGAACGGCGUGGUGGGCCGCCUGGCGUCCGAGCCCUGCCGCGACAUCUCCCUGUCCCCCGGCAUCCGCCGGCUCGUCCCGUCCUCCGGCUCCUUCUCGGAGGUCUCGUCCGAGGACUCCAUGUCGGAAAUCUGCGCGCCGCUGGACGUUCGCCGGGGCCUCAGCCUGGACUCGGACGCCGGCCUGAGCAACGAGGACCUGAGGAGCGAACGCAGCGAGUCGCCCCUCUGCGCCCCCUUCCACCCCCAGGCCUCGUCGGCCGUGUCCCGGUCCGACUCCUUGGCCGGAUUAGACCUGGAUCUGGGCCCUUCCAUCCUGGAGGACGUCCUGAGCAUCAUGGACCGCUACAAGACAGUGGACGACCGCUGUGAGCUGUGAACAAUAAUAGAAACACUCAUAUGACACAUAUAUUUUUAUACAUGGUUUAAUAUAUCCUUAAAAAAACUUUAUGAAAAGGUUGAAAGAUGGAGAAAUGGGAAGAAGAAGAAGGAGGAGGUGGAGGACACAGUUUGGAGGUAAUGAAAGACCUGAGUGUUGACAAGGUGGACAUUAUUGUUAAGUGGAGGGACGUCACAGCUCAACAUGACGAGAGCCGAGGCAAACGGGCCGGUCCUUAGGAGCCUUCACCAGAGCUGAACCUCACACUCUUAACAUUCCCGAUGCUCAGAAAAACACCUUCCACUGUCUCCGCUGCAUCGUCUGUCUUUCUCAACGGUUCUGUUAAAGUCUCUGCUUGUUAAUCAAAUUUGCCAAUCAGACGUUUUCGGAAGGGAACUGGGAAAAAUGAUCAGCUGCACACCUGCUAAUUGUUUCUAGCAACGCUGAAUGUGAGAAGACAAAGCUGAACUGCAAACACAAAUAGUUCAAACGCUGCAGGCCACGGUCUGUCCUACUUCAACUUUAACUGCCUGAACUGUCAGCUUCAUGAAUAUUAAUAUCUUCAUCCUUAACAGCUUCUUUCACGUGAAAUAUAUAGAACUGGUGGAUUUACUGAUGUUUCCUAUCAGCCGUCUCUAGAGAUGCUUUUGAGGACAGCGGCCAUCAACAUUUUUCUGGAAUUUUUCAUUUGUUGAUCGGAGGGAAACUGAGGAUGUUUAUUGUCGUUGUUUAAAAGACUUUAAAGUGUCAGAGAAGUGCUGCUUUGUGAAACCGUUUUCCAGAUAUUGGUCUUUUCCUCCGUUUUUGUGGCUCGCCGUCGGCCUCCCAAACAUUCACUGUCUGCAUUAUCACAGUAGCCUAUUAUUCAAAUGUCAUUUAUGCUGUGUAUACUUCUGUAAAUGAAUAAAUGUUUCCUAUAAAUAAA